AUGGCCGACGUCCGAGCCCUUCUUGCCGCAGAGCGGCAGGCUCGUAGAAUAUCCCACCCGCACCUCUCGUACACAAAGUCCGGUAUGCUAAUCUGUACUGUCUGCAACCUGAACGUCAAGUCCGAGGCCCUCUGGGAAGGGCACCUCAAGAGCGCGAACCACAGAAGAAACACUGCACAAGAGAAUGCGAGUGCAAACGUCGGUGCAAACGCAGGCAAGGGGGUCAAGAGGAAGAUUGAAGAUGUUGAUGACGACGAGACACCGCUAGAGCGCGAGGAAGCGGAGGUCGAUACGCGGAAAAAGCCCAAAUCACGACCCGAGAGCAUUGCCGUGGUGGAAGAUGGAAGGGUACAGAUACAAGAAGACGGCGCGCCGAAGGAGGCAGAACAGUCAACUUCACAUACAUCCACGGCAGACGAUGCACCUCUGCCUAAUGGCUCCUCGCAACCACCUCAAAUAGAUGAGGACGAAUGGGCGGCCUUUGAACGAGAGGUUGCUCCACUGGCCACAGCGCAGCCAGCCUACACCUCGGCCACUAUCACCGCAGCGCCAGUCACAAAUACCCAGCUCAAAGCUCAGGAAGAGGAAGACAGACGGCGAAAGUUGGAGACGGAAGCAGACGACGAACAGGAAGAUGAGGAGAGAAGGAUCGAGGAAGAAUUUGAUGUCAUGGAGGAAAUGGAGGAACGGGUUCGCAAGCUUCGAGAGAAGCGGGAUGCGCUAAGAAGUGGUGUUAAGGCUGCAACAGAUACAGGGCAGGAGGUGAAUCCGACACCUCCUGACACCACUGUACGGAAUACAGCAGAAACCCGCGCGGACGAAGAAGAGGACGAGGAAGAGGAAGAAGACGAGUGGUAUUCGUGA